CAUCCCAAGACUUGCAAAACCAUCACCCCACCCGUAGUCGAGCAUCGCCUUCUGGUUCCCUGUGUCAUGAAACUUGAACCAAACCAAGCUCCAUUGUGCGGGGAGUCGGUGCUGACUGUGCUCCUGGACGAGGGACCUGAGAUUGAAGAUGGCUUAGCCCUGUACCUGGUUUUCUUUGGCUCUGGUCAGCAGCACGUGACCAGCACACACAGGGCAGCCCCCAGCACACUGCACACUGUGGCCCCCGCUCACAACUGCUGUGAAACGGUGCGAGUGGGACUGUAUGCCUGCGGGGCGGGGGAUGCGGUCCAGGUGCUGGCCGAAGAGAGCUUCCAGUACGUUCCGGACAUGGCUCGCACCAUCCCGUUGUUCCUGGGGGCCAGCGCCGGCUCCGAGGAGGCCCCGGGGGGCCCUGGGUUCCUGGGAGACUUCUCUGUCCCGGUCGAGGAUCUGGAUAAAGACCUGAGGUUGGCGGUGAAACAUCUGGCCCUGUCCUCGCUGGGGGGCGUUCCAGCCCCGGGAGAGCUCCCCCCAGGUUCGGUCCCAGUGGAGACACUGAUGACCUUGGCAGCGAGGCUGGGCUGGCCUGGGCUGAGUCUCCCCUCCUUCUUGCUGCGACCGCCGGACCCUCCCACUGACCCUCACAUCCAGGGGCUGCUGGAGCUGCUCAGAAGGGUGCUGCCGGCCACAGACCAGCCGAGUGACGACACCCCCAUCGUGUCCUCGGCCGAGGGCUGUGUUAGGUUCCACCGUCGCUCCAACAUCUACUCCUACACCGUCAACAGCCCCCGAGGAGCUGAGCCCAGCCAUGUGCAACACAACAUCACUGAGCUCCAGCGGCACAUCCAGUCCCACAGGCAGCAGGUGGAAGCACGUUUGGCCAGUGAAUCCUCUCCUCAAUCGCAGCCCACGGACACGAAGACAGAGAUGGGGCACGGAGCAAGUGGGAGUGAGGCGAAGGAGGGUCUCACAGAGACCGUAAACGUCAACGAAAAUAAUCCUCAGGAGAUCGCCGUGGAGGGGUCCGAGGAUCUGCCGAGCACGAAGCCUUCGGAGGGGGAAGGGGCGGGUGGUGGGGAAGCCCCGGUUGUGGAGCCGGGCUGCGGGAGGACAAGGAAGAGCCCACUUUACCAGCGGAGUCCGGGAGCACAGCUGACACCAGCGCCUGUCCACAUGUGCAGGAGGCGGGCGAUGUCACUGAGCUCAGCCCGGCCCGCGGGAGGGAACAGGGCACUUUGUGUCUGGACAUCGGCCGCUGCGAGGAGUCUGUGCCUGAACCAGAUGUGGCUGAGACCGAGGGGACGGGCUCCGCCGUGAGCGUCAGCGAAGGAGCCGGCGGUGAGGCUGAGCGCCACGCGGGCACGGAUCGAGCCGAGGCUCCGGGAGAACAGGGGAGGGAGACCGAGGACAGCCGGGAACACGCGGGGCCAGGGGCAGGGGAUGAGCAGGAGUCGGCUGCCCAGUGUGGAGUCACUGCGGAGGAGGGUGAGGGUGGAGCCGAGCCCGAGAGCGAUGGUGUUUCGGUCGAGUCGAGCGGAGAAACGGCGAUGGU